AGGUAUGGGCGCUCCUCCUCUUCUUUCUGGUUCUGCUUAGCAUCGUCCUUGCCUUCUUGGAUGUGGCACUCCACAAGAUGCGAGGAUUGCGGGCCGCACCACUCGAAUCCUGGAACGAGCACUUCUGGAUGCUAUUCGAGAACAUGUUCUGCGAAGCCUCCGCAAGAAUGCCUGAAACCACGGCACUACGUAUCGUUAGCGCUGUAUGGUGGAUCGCCAUCGUGGUGCUAAUGAACGCCUUCGCCGGCCAGAUGCGCGCCUGUCUCAUGGUUAAAUCUGAGCGGCCGAAACUCAACACGCUGGUCGAUAUUGCAUCGAAGCCUCAGCUCAAGGUGUAUCUUCUGAAAAAUACUGUGGCUACCCGCUACCUAGAGUCAUCCCAAGGAACGGCCGAGAAGACAGUAUGGGGCAUGAUUCGCCGCCACAACACCGAUCUCUACGGCCUCCUGCGCUUCUCGGACGAGAUGAUGACCGAGAUUCUCCAAGAGAAAGCGGUUAUGAUACACGCUGACUCAAUUUCUCUAGCUCAGGUAUGCACAUAG